GUGAGGGCUCAACUCAGGUCUUACGAACCACAACCCCGGGGGAGACCCCAACGCUACGCAUCAACAGACCCCUUCCACCCGUGCGCUCGUCUCUCGCUUACCGCCACCACCCCCCCAUGGCGCUCUGAUGCGCACGGCCAACGAUGGAGCCUCCAAAGGGGUCCAAGGGCCAGGCGGCUGGCAUCCUCACGGUGUGGGUCUGCCAGCAAGAGAAGGUGGUGUCUGGCAUGACGCGGAGGACGACGUGCGCCGAUGUUGUGAGGGCUCUCCUCGCGGAGCAGAGGAGAAACAACAGCAACAACAGCGGCAGCGGCAGUAGCAGCAAGACUUUGGGCACCACUGGCUGCGGCGGUAAGUCUCUGAUGGGACACCCGGACGCGUACGGCGUGGUGGAGAAGUGGCGAGGCUACGAGCGCGUGCUGCCAGGACGCACCAAACUGCUGCGCCUGUGGACGGCGUGGGGUGCCGAGAGGUCGUGGGUGCGCUUCGUGCUCGUCAAGAAGGACGCGUUCGUGCAGGGCGCGGCGCUCAGGGCCGCCGAGGCCAGACUCGUGCAGAGCAAAGUGAAGCCGCAGCCGCCUCCGAGGAGCACGGCCAAGUUCAUCGAGGCGCUGUCUCCGGAACUGCAGCGUCGCAUCGUGCGCAAGGCCUUCCGCAAGUUAAGCGCGCUCAACGGCGUGAAGGAGGAGGAGGAGGAUGAAGACGAAGACGAUGCCGAGGAUGAUGACGUUGAUGAUGCCGAGGAUGUUGACGAUGAGAACGAGCCUGUGGCGGCAGAGAUCGAGAAGAAGGAGGUGCGACAGAAGCGCAACAAGCAGCAGCAGCAGCACAAGCAGGGGGACGAGACUGACGAGUUUGGCGAGCACGAGAAGGAGAUGACGCGGAGGAUGAAGAGGGCCAGGAGGAUGAAGAGAGGCCUCGAGUCUCGCCAGUGCGCGCCGUCCCCGCCGCUGCCAGCGUUCGCCCAGCGCCUGGAGACGCUGGUGCACGUGGUCAUCUCGCAGGACCACACCGUCCGGCAGCAGACCCAGCGGCUGUGCCAGCUGGACGCCGAGAUCGAGGAGUACGAGGCGAGGACUCACUCGGACCGCGUGCGCAAAGACGGGGCCAACUACGUGCACGACGCUUACGCGCUCGGGUACGGGCACGAGCACGCAGCAGCAGCAGCAUCAGGAGGGGGGAUGGAAGGAGAAGGUGGUGGAGGUGGUGGUGGUGGAGGAGGAGAUUUUGACUCGUGUCCGUGGGAGGAUUUCGAGGAGUACGCGCGCGUGUGCGGCGAGGUUCUGUCCCUCCACGAACAGCUGCGCGCACGCGAGAACGCGAUCGAGCGCCUGAGUCUGGAGCUGGAACGCAAUCGGCGCACAACAGGAGGGAGCCGUGCAGCCUCGGCCAGGGACUCGCCGAUAGCGGACGAGGAGGUGGAGGAGGAGGCGACGGCGGCGGUGGCGGCGUACAAACUCUCGCCGGACGCGGAUGAGACCACCGCCGAUUCCCACCACGUGGAUUUCGAGGCCGCCGAGAGGCUGAAGAGCGAGUUGGGCGCGUGUGCCUACGUCGGCUUCAGGAUGGACGUGGAGGCGCAGGCGGCGGCGGGCGAGCUCGCGAGGAGCGAGCGGACGCUGCGGACGAUGCAACGCGAGUUCGAGAGGCUCGUGAAGAAUAUCGAGAGGAUGGGCGUGCAGCAGCAGCUGGGGCAGGAGGAGGAGGACGUAGGAUGUGCCUCCACAACCUCCACGCACAGGAGGCAGAUGCCGUCGUCGCGGUGUCCUCCUCUUCACGUCGCUGUCGGCGGCAAGGAGUUUGCGAGCGUCGAUGGCGACGAUUCGGACACGGGGCUCAGCUCCAUGCACAGCCAAGACUCGGACACGGUCGUCGCUCUCGAGUCGUUGGUGUGAGAGGCAUUGGUCAAACAUUAUAAUGAUCAUUGUGAUGAUUGUGGUGGGAAAAACAACAAUAAUAAACCUUUGUAAAGCCAAACCAUUGGCCGGACUCGAGUUCAAAGCAACUGCACACGUGGGAAGCGUGAUAAAUUAUUUGUACAGCGUGGAACUGCGAUGGACUUUUGGCCCUGUUAUCGCGCGAUUGCUUGUGUUUAAAUGUCCAUCUCGUUGCGACUGACGGCUGAUGUUGCUUUAUCUGCGUAAACGAUGUUGCUUUUUUUCAUCUGCGGGUUGGCUGAUGAACGAACUAAAAAAAAGUCACAGGGCCGUUCACGUCACGACUUAAAUCACGAUCGAGUUCAGUCUGGCAUCAGUGCUUACCCGCAAAGUGGUGCUUCGUCUUUUUUUUUUACAACUAGCUGGGAUAUUGUCCUGUGUCCUCCGAUCGCCGCAUGCUCACGUCGAAGAAUUUCACGCCAAUUUGUACGGCAGUGUGCUUGUGUGUUUAACACCACGCCGUGUGCCUAUCGACACAAGGCGUCUUACUGAUACAGCAGCAAUCAUGACAAUCUACUGCUGGAUUUAGCGUGGUGGUUUUUUGACCAUACUUCACCACUUUAGUGCGGGUUGGGGAAGGUGGGGACUUUUUACGUUGGAGCAUACAUGGUACAGCACAACAGUGGGGUUUUAUGCACCGUCAUCUGCUGACAACAUAGACCUGAGGCAACCGAGAACAUCCGUUUUUUCAUUAUUGAUCACCCAUCCAAGAAUUGUCGAGGCAUCGCUUCCGAGAUUUAACGAGAUCCGGCGUAUUCGCGAGGUUAUCCGGUCAUAAUACGAGGUAAUGAGUGCAACUGUCAGAAUGUUGUUUACAAAGGGUUUGCUCGCUCCAAAGCCGAAUAAUGAGGAUUAAUUGAAAGGACCUUCGCUCAUUUGCGUCAGUGCCUGUGUUGUGUUAGUGACGCCGCAUGCGCAAAUGUUUGUCCAACGGAAAUGCUGUAACAGCGUUCAAUAACCACCCAUUCCCAGUACACCAUUGACAAUACUAAUACCGUAUUCUUCGAAUUAAAACACGUUCCCGAAAGGAAAACUCACCAAAAACAAGAAGGGGUGCCACGGUGACGAGAUGUUAACUACCUCGCCGGGUAUACAGGAGGUCGUGGGUUAGAUCCCAAACGUGACGCCUGCUGCUGUAUAUUUCGAGCUUGCGGUGUCUCUCUCCCCGUGGUCGCGUGGAUUUUUCUCCGGGUCGUCCGGGUUUCCCCUCCACAUUUAGAAACCUGCGUUUGCAGCAUUUAGUUGCGAUAAAUGUCCACGUAAUAGGCCACUUUGUAGAGCUAUCAUUUGUGGCCAGAUCGCUUCUGAAAAAGAGCUAUAUAGCUCAGUGGGCCUUAUCUGGUUAAAUAAAAAUAGUUUCGUUUAAAUAGUUUAUUCUUGUGCCCGGGUGUCAAUCAAACUUUACCAAUCACGGCACGCACACAAACACUUACUGAAUUAUAAACGCAUGUGGAAAAUUUUGUAUUAUCCGGAGAAUACGGUAAAAAAACAAUCUAGGAAAGACUUAACUUAUUCUCAAGGCUUUUAAAUGUAAAUUAUAAUCUAACGACUUCUUCGGGAGGGUCUAUUUGGUAUUUUUGCCCAAAUUCAGUUACAAGUCCCAAUGUUUUAUCAUCAUUCAAAACCAGGCGAGAAUCCACGUUGACUUGGUAUGUGUUGCAUAUGAAACCGCAGCACCUGGAGAGAAAAAAAUGCCCAUCCCUUUGUCAUCCACUGCUGGAUGGCAGCCUUCCCCCACACCUUGCCAUUUAAGGGGGAUCAUUUGACCAUACUUCACCACGCUGGCCAGUCGUGGUUAGUGCAGGUGGGGACCAUCAAAAGGUGUAGUGCAGUUAAUUUGAGCCGGGUCUGUUUGCGUCAGUGGACAGAAAAUAAUUCUACACACUGCACACAACAUCCAGUAUACUCUCGCCAUGGAUGUGGCUUCUAGUCACGUGUCUACUCCGACCUGAACACGAACCCGUUAAAUAUCCAUCGAUAAUUCGAGUCUUGGGUAAAACAAUUGACAAAGAUCUGCACAAUUUAAUAACCUACUUGCUGUACCUACCUAUUCGGGGCCAACGUGUGUGAGCGAUCAAUCCUCACCUCUACCCCGAGACAAAUCGUAAUUAAUAAAUGUACGGCAAGCAAAAAGCGUUAAUUGUAAUAUUUGCUUUGUAUUCGACACAAUACGUAUCGAUAACCUACCAAUAUACAUUUACACACAAGGCAUGGUCAACAACGUCUGAUGAGGUGCUAGGCUAUAUUAUAAUUACCCCUGACGCUAUAUCGCAUUGUCAUAUAUUAAUUUAUGAGCAGACGUAUUUUUAAAGGACGAGCUUAAUUGCAAGACAUCGUUUUAUCGUCGAUUGUCAACUUUUUAUGACCACGCUUUGCAAAAUACCGUAUUCCCUGGAUAAUGUCGCCCCUAAAAUGAAGACACACUCCAACUGUGUGCCUGCUGUUAAUAUCGUUACACUCAUUUGGUCACUCACACGCGCCUACCGAAUUAUAAGACGCACAACCCCCCAAAUGUUCGCUUUGAUAUGCCAGGCGAAUACCUGGCCGUAUAGUCCAGAGAAUACGGUAUACCUUGGGUUUUCUCAACUGACAUGUGAAUUCGAGUCAAACAUAAAACACUGGUGCAUGCUUUUAUAUACAGAGAUUGUUUUUCACAC